AUCCUUUGCCUUCCGGUAUGUGGCCCCGUCUGGCUAGUCCCGUCUAGCGCGCCCAUUUCGAGCCCAAGUUUCCAGCUCGGGUUUCCGGGUUCAGGAGUUUCCAGGAGUGGGUUCUUCGGCAGCGGCUGUGGGAGCAGGAAUGGCGCAGCUAGAGGGUUACUAUUUCUCGGCUGCCUUGAGCUGUACCUUUUUAGUGUCUUGCCUCCUCUUCUCCGCCUUCAGCCGGGCGCUGCGAGAGCCCUACAUGGAUGAGAUCUUCCACCUGCCUCAGGCGCAACGCUACUGUGAGGGCCAUUUCUCCCUUUCCCAGUGGGAUCCCAUGAUUACUACAUUACCUGGCUUGUACCUGGUGUCAGUUGGAGUGGUCAAACCUGCCAUUUGGAUCUUUGGAUGGUCGGAACAUGUUGUCUGCUCCAUUGGGAUGCUCAGAUUUGUUAAUCUUCUCUUCAGUGUUGGCAACUUCUAUUUACUAUAUUUGCUUUUCCGCAAGGUACAACCCAGAAACAAGGCUGCCUCAAGUAUCCAGAGAGUCUUGUCAACAUUAACACUAGCAGUAUUUCCAACACUUUAUUUUUUUAACUUCCUUUAUUAUACAGAAGCAGGAUCUAUGUUUUUUACUCUUUUUGCGUAUUUGAUGUGUCUUUAUGGAAAUCAUAAAACUUCAGCGUUCCUUGGAUUUUGUGGCUUCAUGUUUCGGCAAACGAAUAUCAUCUGGGCUGUCUUCUGUGCAGGAAAUGUCAUUGCACAAAAGUUAACUGAGGCUUGGAAAACUGAGCUACAAAAGAAGGAAGACAGACUUCCACCUAUUAAAGGACCAUUUGCAACAUUCAGAAAAAUUCUUCAGUUUCUUUUGGCUUAUUCCAUGUCCUUUAAAAACUUGAGUGUGCUUUUCCGUCUGACUUGGCCCUACAUCCUUCUGGGAUUUCUGUUUUGUGCUUUUGUAGUAGUUAAUGGUGGAAUUGUUAUUGGCGAUCGGAGUAGUCAUGAAGCCUGUCUUCAUUUUCCUCAACUAUUCUACUUUUUUUCAUUUACUCUCUUCUUUUCCUUUCCUCAUCUCCUGUCUCCUGGCAAAAUUAAGACAUUUCUUUCCUUAGUUUGGAAACGCAGAAUUCUGUUUUUUGUGGUUACCUUAGUCUCUGUGUUUUUAGUUUGGAAAUUCACUUAUGCUCAUAAAUACUUGCUAGCAGACAAUAGACAUUAUACUUUCUAUGUGUGGAAAAGAGUUUUUCAAAGAUACGAAAUUGUGAAAUAUUUGUUAGUUCCAGCCUAUAUAUUUGCUUUGGAGUAUAGCGGUUGGAGUAUAGCUGACUCAUUGAAAUCAAAGUCAGUUUUUUGGAAUUUAAUGUUUUUCAUAUGCUUGUUCGUUGUUAUAGUUCCUCAGAAACUGCUGGAAUUUCGUUACUUCAUUUUACCUUAUGUCAUUUAUAGGCUUAACAUACCUCUGCCUCCCACAUCCAGACUCGUUUGUGAACUGAGUUGCUAUGCAAUUGUUAAUUUCAUAACUUUUUACCUCUUUCUGAACAAGACUUUUCAGUGGCCAAACAGUCAGGACAUUCAAAGGUUUAUGUGGUAAUAUCAGUGAUAUUUUGAACUGUAAAAAUGGACUUAAUAAUUAGACCAUUUCUACAAAGAACAACUGAAUAGGUAGAAAUCAUGGAAUUUCUUUUAGGAGCAGUGGUGGUCCUCAAAUUACAUUAGUUUUUUAUAUAUAUAUAUAAAACAUAUGUAAGAAAUCAAGUGGCAAAGAACUGAGAAAGCUUAAGACCUGCUUCAAAAGCCUGAAUAAUGGGAAAAUUGUUUUCAGAUAUUUCAUAUUGCUCUCAUAAUGUUGGCCCCUCAAGAAGCUUGGGAAUGUUUUGUAUGUACAAGUUUAUUAAAACUGGGUAUACUUCAUAUUACUGGAACUAAUUUAUUCUCUUCAGAGAGAAAUAUUAGGUUAGUACAAGAGUAAUUGUGGUUUUGCCAUUACUUUCAGUGGCAAAAACCACGAUUACUUUUGCACCAACCUAAUAACAAUGUAUUAGCAAAUAUUUACAAAUGGUAAGGUGAUAUUCUUGAUUGAAAAGUUGCUUAACAAAUUCAGUAAAUAUAAUUUUAAUUCUAAGUCAAAAUAGAAAUGCAUAAAUAGUAAAUGAUAAAGUAAAGACUCAUAUAUGUCUGUCUAGGCAUGAAAUUGUUGGUUAUUGUUUACAAUCUAGAAAUGAUGAAGCUCUUUCACUGAUUCCUAAUAUGAAAUGUAUGAUGGCCAAAGACAAAUUUUGUUGAUUAUAAUCCUUUAAAAGAGGGAUUUCCUUUCUGAAAUACAUAUUGUAUUAGCUUCCCAGGGCUGCCAUAACAAACGACCACAAACUUGAUUGCUUACAACAAUUUUCCUCACAGUCUGGAGGCCAGAAAUCUAAAAUCAAAGUGUCAGCAGAGUUGGUUCCUUCUGGAGGCUCUAAGGAAGACUCCGUUCCAUGUCUGUUUCCUAAUAUCUUGUGGCUGUCUGAAAUUCUUGGAGUUCUUUGGCUUAUAGACAAAUCUUAUCCAAGUAUUGCAGACAGCAGUCUUCACUCCAGUCUGCCUCUGUGCUCACACAGCCUUUCCCUCUGUUUUCUCUUCAUUACCUUUUGAGGACAGUGUCUUUGAAUGUAGGGCCCACCCUGAUCUACAAUGAUUGUGUCUGGAGCCCCUUAAUUAUGUUUACAAAGACCCAUGUUCCAAGUAAGUUCUUAUUCACAUGUUCUGAGUGGACAUGUCUCUUCCUGGGAUACUUUUCAGUCCAUGACAGUUACCAAAGGACAUUUUAGGAUAAUCCUCAUAAUGAUUGUUAGGAGACUACCUUUUUAAAUUUUUUUUUUGUUAUAUAUCAAAUUAUGGUUGUAUACACUUAUGAGGCACAAAGUGGCGUUAUGAUGUUUGAAUAUAAUGUGGGAUGAGUAAAUAAAGCUAAUAUUUGACAUGUGAUGAAAACAUUUGAAAUUUACUCUCAACAGUAUUGAAAUGUACAGUGCUUAAUUAUUAGCUGUAUUCACCGUGUUGUAUAAUAGAUCUUAAAAAAGUCAAACAUAUUCCUUCU